AUGGAAACCAUUUAUCAGAUUCUGCAAGAUGUGCGUGAUUACUGGGCUGAUCAUUUCUCUCGUAGAUUUUGGCCCAGAAGACCAGUCCUUCGCCAAGCAUCCUCUUUGUCCACGUUCUAUCUGUUGGACUACAAGACCCGGCAAGCUGAACUUGGAAUGGACUAUGGCCCUCCGAGUACUGAACUAUGCAAAACAAAAUUUGUUUUCCAAGAUGGCGAGUGGCAGAGUGAGAAUGGCCCACCAAAGAUGCCCUUGCUACAGUUAUACCCUCCUCCUGAUAAGGAAUCACCUAACAAAGCCCUAAAGAAAGCCAAUAAAGCCCUAUUGGAAGAGAACAAUUACUUGAAGCUGCAGCUCGAGCUGCUGAUGGACAUGUUGACAGAGACCACGGCACGGCUGCACUCCAUAGAGAAAAGGCUGGACACCACUCCAUGGCAUCCCAAAACAAUGAAAAAAACAAGCAAGGUACUGAUGCUUCGAUCCUGA